AUGUCCGCAACCACGUCAAGCCCCGACAUCACCACAAGCCCUAGCACCAGCACCACCACCAGUGCUAGUACAAGCACUGGUAGUUUGGGGACAAACUGGGUCGCUGAGAUCCGCGAUGGCACACAGUUGGCUACUCCUUUGGAGUUAUCCUGGCGCCGCGAACAGUGCCCUCAAUGUGGCCUGGAAAAGGACGAUGUCGUCGUGGCCACCAAGAAACAAGCAGAGGAGUGCGAGUCGCGGGCCCAGGCAGCCGAGGAGGAGCCGAAGUCCGCCAAGGGACAACGGGAGGCCGCCAUGAUUGAGCUGGCGGCCGCCCAGAAGAAGGUCAAGAAGAAGCAGAAGGCGCAGACUCAGCGGUGGAGCAUGGACGACGACAUGUUUGGGCCGGUCAACCGAACCCAGCCCUUCGACCACCCUUCGUGCUCGCCGCCGCCACUGUCUCCGCUCCUGGCAUUCGCUGGCAUCGUGAAGGAGCAGUCCGUAAAGUCGUAUCAUGACGCAGUGAAGGGCAAUUGGACUAGUGUCGGGUCAAAGAAAAGGUUCAAGGUCGAUUCGCCACUGGCAACAACUGCUGGACAGGACACAUCCUAA